AUGACGUCUGACCAGGAGCUCUAUGUGCUGAACGCGCUGCAGGUGGUCGGUGGUUGGUCCGUACACGACGAUGGCGACGGAAGGCUGUUCUACUAUGACCGUGAGAAGGGCGUGUCACAAUGGAAGGUGCCGGAAGACCUCGCGCCGCUCGAGACACAGUUCAUGAUGAAGUUCAUGCUGCAGAACGCCGUCGCGCGCUCUGGCGUCUGGACGGCGCACGACGCGGGCAACGGCACGUUGUACUACUUCAAUGCCACGACGAAGGUCUCUGUGUGGGAGCGUCCGAUGGAGUGGGGCGAGAUGGGGGCUAACGAAGCUGAAGAGACGGAUAAAAGUGGAGAUAGAGGGGAAGCAGUACCGAGCGAACAGGAGAAGGAACGGAAAGAGGGGGUGGAGAAGAAGAAGAGGAAGAGGGGGAUGAGGAAACUUGAUGGAAUCAAGAAAAAGGAAGAGAAGCUGGACGAGGCAAAGGAAGAGAAGCUGGGGAAAGACGCAGCAGAAGAGGAGGAGGCAGAUGAGGAAGAGCCGCGGACAGCCGAGGAGUUACAGGAGGAACAGGAGCGUGAGACACGUAAAAAGUGGCGUGUUGAGCAGUUUCGUACGAUGCUGCGUGAGAAGAACAUCAUGCCCUUGUGCAAGUGGUCCGUCGCUUUGCCUCAGAUCGCUGGAGAUCCUCGCUUCAUUGGUGUUCCGACGAUGGAUGAGAGGCGUGCGAUUUUUGAGCAUUUUGUUGAGCACCGUCGAGAAGAUCUAAAGGCGGCAAAGAAAAGCGGGCUGAAGCGUGCAAAGCAGUUGUUUGCACAGUUACUACGCGAACAGUUUAAGCUGGAUUCGUGGGAGGCGAGCACAACGUUGAGUGUGUUUUUAUCGACAUUGGUAGACAAUCUGGAUCCGAAGCGAUACACGGACAUUCAAGACAAUGCACUGGAGUUGUUGACGCUGUCCACUCAAGAAAAGAUGUAUGCGAAGGCAGUAGCAGAAUAUAAAUCGGACGCGCUCAAGCGUGAUGGAGAGCAGCUACGGCUUACAAGGUUCCUGGAGGAUAAGCUACCUACGGAAGGCAGGUCAUCAUUACGAUGGGAGGAAGACAGGGUUCAAUCGUUUAUUCGUGAAUUCUACAGCUCAGCUGAUACGGGCGGGGCACUACUGUCGGAGCAAAAGCAGCGACAGGUAUUCGAUGAGUUGGUCGUGCGUAUAUCUCACCGCCAGGCAUCGGAGCGCGGUAGAACGAAUGGAAAGCAAGCAGAACGUUCACACUCGAGCAAGCGAUUGCAGUCGGGGAACCACUCGAGGAGCAUAGUGAGGGAGGUAAGUCCACUACAAGAGCGAUGUACAUCGAAAGUCGGUCGACAUCAGUCUCGUUCCCGUUCGCGCUUUCGUCGUCGACGUAGCCGUAGCAGCAGCCGGUCGCAGCCUCAAGAGCGUACGAGCGGACGCCGUCGUCGACGCUCGCCAUCUCGGUCGCGCUCCCGAGGGCGGUCACGUCGAAGAACCUCCAAACACCAUCGCGACUACUCGUCCUCGCCCACCGUGUCCCGCUCACGAAUGCGUUGA